CAGCUCCAUGAUCUCCGCCGAGAUGUCGGGCGGCGGCGGCGGCAAGAGCCACCGGCGGACCUCGCUGCCUUGCAUCCCCCGCGAGCAGCUCAUGGGACAUUCUGAAUGGGAUCACAAACGAGGACCCAGAGGAUCACAGUCUUCUGGUACCAGUAUCACAGUGGAUAUUGCAGUCAUGGGAGAAGCACAUGGGCUCAUUACAGAUCUUCUGGCAGAUCCUUCACUGCCUCCCAACGUGUGUACUUCGCUGAGAACAGUGAGCAACCUGCUUAAUACACAGUUAACCUUCCAGGCCAUCCACAAGCCAAGGGUGAACCCUUUGGUAUCCUUCAGUGAGAAUUACACAUGCUCUGACUCGGAGGAAUGUCCAGAGAAAGGAGAAAAACUAGCAAUUCCCAAGCGCUUACGAAGAAGUUUGCCUCCAGGACUGCUGAGACGAGUGUCCUCCACUUGGACCACAACAACAUCUGCCACAGGUUUACCCACACUGGAGCCAGCCCCAGUGAGAAGAGAUCGCAGUGCCAGCAUCAAACCUCACGAAUCAUCUUCAUCCAGCACUGACUCUUGGAACAGUUCCCUUCUGAUGACAAUCACAAAGAGCAGGUCCUUCUCUACGUCUUAUGCCAUGUCUCCUACCAACCACCUGAAUGCCAAAAGGCAGAGCCGCCAAGGUAUCCCACCAAAUAUUUCACCACUCACCUCUCCAUGCCAUUCACCUCUUCAAGGGACGCCUGCUACAAGUCCUACCGGAAAGACAUCUUCUGUGUCAUUUCCAGACUCUACAGAUACUGACACCAAGCAAGGUUUAAAACCACACAAAGUCUUAACUGCUACUCAGAGUGCACCUAGCCUGUCAGAACCUAACAUCAGCCCCUCUGUCAUCUGCAGCAGCUGCGGCAGACCCUACAACCAAAUAGAAGCUGGUGAUGGUACACUAGAUAGGAGCGAUGGUACCACCCACACCCUAAAUAGAACAGAUGAUCCUGCGCAAGCCACUUCUGACUAUGAGACCAACAACAGUGACAGCAGUGAUAUUGUACAAAAUGAUGAUGAGGCAGAUUGCUCCAAAGAAAAGGCACGGAAGGGAUCUGUCUGUAGGACGUAUGCACCUGAGACCAUCAUUCUGCAUCCUUUGAUACCACCUGAGGACAAGCCUGUACUUGCUCCUGAGCCUCUGGUUAUGGACAACUUGGAUCCUCUAAUGGAGCAGCUUAACAGCUGGAACUUCCCAAUCUUCGAUUUGGUAGAAAAAAUUGGAAAGAAAUGUGGUCGGAUUCUCAGUCAGGUAUCAUACCGGCUUUUUGAAGACAUGGGGUUGUUUGAAACCUUUAAAAUUCCAGUGAGGGAAUUUAUGAACUACUUCCAUGCCUUGGAAUGUGGAUACCGAGAGAUACCUUAUCACAAUCGAAUCCACGCAACUGAUGUUCUGCAUGCCGUGUGGUACCUUACUACUCAGCCCAUUCCGGGACUCCCAACUGUGAUUAAUGAUCACGGGUCAGCGAGUGAUUCAGAUUCUGACAGUGGAAUCACUCACGGCCAUAUGGGUUAUGUGUUUUCGAAGACAUACACACCUACAGAUGACAGCUACGGAUGCCUAGCUGGCAACAUCCCAGCUCUUGAGUUGAUGGCUCUUUACGUAGCCGCAGCCAUGCAUGAUUACGAUCAUCCAGGAAGGACUAAUGCCUUUUUGGUGGCAACAAGUGCUCCUCAGGCAGUGCUGUACAAUGACCGCUCCGUCCUGGAGAACCAUCAUGCUGCUGCUGCUUGGAACCUUUUCAUGUCGAGGCCAGAAUACAACUUCUUGGUCAACCUCGACCAUGUGGAGUUCAAGCAUUUCCGCUUCCUUGUCAUCGAGGCAAUUUUGGCUACUGACCUGAAGAAACACUUUGAUUUUGUUGCCAAAUUCAAUGCCAAGGUGAAUGAUGAUGUUGGGAUUGACUGGACUAACGAGAAUGACCGCUUACUGGUUUGCCAAAUGUGUAUCAAACUGGCUGACAUAAAUGGUCCUGCAAAAUGCAAAGACUUGCAUCUACAGUGGACAGAGGGCAUUGUCAAUGAGUUUUAUGAACAGGGUGAUGAAGAGGCUAGCCUGGGCCUGCCUAUCAGCCCUUUCAUGGAUCGCUCUGCUCCUCAGCUGGCACACCUCCAGGAAUCCUUCAUCACUCACAUUGUGGGACCACUAUGUAACUCCUAUGACUCUGCGGGGUUGAUGCCAGGAAAAUGGAUAGAAGAUAGUGAUGAAUCAGGAGACACCGAUGAGCAUGAAGAGGAAGAAACAGCAGAAAUGGAAACUUGUGAAAAUGCUGAAUCCAGAAAGAAGAAGUUCAAGAGGAGGAAAAUCUACUGUCAGAUCACUCAGCACCUGCUUCAGAACCAUAAAAUGUGGAAGAAAGUAAUUGAGGAUGAGGAGAGGUUAGCUGGGACAGAGAAGCAAGGCGCGGAGCAAUCCACACUGCACCCAUCUUCAGAACAAAUUCAGGCCAUCAGGGAAGAGGAGGAGGAGAAGGGGAAGCCCAAGAGAGAUGAAGAAGAAAACACAACUGUAGAACCGAACCAAUGACAAUAUUUACAGCAGUAUUUUAAGACAGAUUGACUCGUGCACAGACUCUUUCUCAAGCCAGCACAGCAUUUAGACACCACACUGUAGAAGUAUGGGAUUAUGCGCCUACAGCUGUUCAAUUUGUUUCUCUUUCCUUUUUAUGGUGAGGUACAUUGUUUAAACUCCUGUGCUCAAGGAAGCUUUCACACUGCUACACCGGCUUUUACAGACUUUCUUUAAAGAGAUUUGGGGUGGGGGUGGGGAGUGGAUUUAUAUAAAUAUAUAUAUAUAUAUAUAUAUAUAGCCAGUGUUUUUGGCUGUGCACUUCAGCAAAAUACAUUUAAUGAUAUAUUAUGGUCACUGUGAUAUUUACAGAAGGAAGUUUUCUAAAGAAAUGCUGUUUCUAAAGUACAUUUGCAGUUAACAGCGAGGUAAAGUAGCUUUUGCUCUUAAUACUGAGGGAUAAAAGUUCCAAAGCUUUACAUGUAUCCUGCCAACAUAUACAUGUAUGAGGGGAGUACUCAUGUAUGUGGGUGGAUAUGAUGUCAUAUAGCAGAGUUUGAGACUAGCUGUAGCACAUCUGAAUACACGACAAUGAACAGGAGGCCUAAAUUUUAAGAAUCUGUGCCCAUGAGGAGCCCUUUGUGAGAAGCUCUGCAUUCCCAUCCUCCUCUGAGGAUCGGGCUGCAUGCUGGCUGUGUGACUUCAGCUCAUCUUCCUUCUCCUCCUCCUCUUCCAGCACCUCCCAAACUGCUGGCAAAGGGAUGUUCCAGGGCACUUAAUCCAGAAGGGUUACGAGGGAUUGUGCAGCACGCUGCCUGUGAAAGGCCCCGACCCUCUGUCUGCCUCUGACUGCAAGAAUGGCAUAUAUGUUUGAGCAGGAAGCAGAAAAGAGCAAAUGUGUGUGCAUAUGCAGAAACUAGAGGCAACACUGCCAUCUUUCCACCCAGACCUUAUGCCUCCACACAUCAGUGGCCAAAUAUACCAUAUAAGAGUGAAGCUAAGCACCAUCUCUUGAGAGCAAAGGAAGGGGAGCGUGGAGAUCAUGCCCCUUCUCAGAAUAAAAUGUAAACAGUGCAUUAGGAGAAGGGUUGGAGAAUGGUGCCAGUCCUGCGGAUGUCUCAGCAACCACUCACAGGACCUUUGGAGAACUUGGAUUUCAGUGCAAGGUGCUGGCUGGGAGCAGUUUGUUGCUGGUGUUCUGCCUAGAAGCAGCGUGUUUGAUCCCACCAGUAUACUUAAUGGUUUUUUUCUUUUUACUUUUCUUUUUCAAGUGAGAGGAUAAGAUCAGUCCUGUAGAAGAGCAGAUCUUUUUGUUUUGUUCUGUUUGUUUUUUCUCUGUUGUUUAUGCUGUGAGCCAAAUGUCUAUUUAAAAGGUUGAAUAUUCACUUUCAAUAUUUUAUUUCACAAUAUUGUAUUUGUCAAUGAUUAGCUAUCUAGAUGUAAAUAUGGAAAAAUUUUUAUGGGUUCCUGUAGAUAAUGAUAUCUUUAAGAAAAGAAAAAAAAAAAAAGAAAAAAAGGGAAAA